AUGCUAUGCAUACCACACACCACCACCGUCAUCCUCGCGUUCCUUUUUGCGAUUCUGACUUUUGUCAGCACUGGCAAUUGUUCAGACAUGACAUGCUUCGACACUGGAAUCGGCUGGGAUAAGCUCGGAACUUGGGAUGAAAUUGUCGACGCGCUCAUGAAAGAUCCCAUCUACAACACACCCGCGCUCGGAGAGAACACUGACGCUGCGAGAUCCAAGAUCAAGAUAAAUGGCCACUGCCUCAUCUACGAUAUCACUGCAUCCAAGGGAUACACAGACAUGACCCAUAUUAGAGUCAGUAACUUUUUGAGGAAGGUCUACGACUCCUGUGAAGACCACGGCGGUGUGCUCAAACUGAUUUCCGAAUGGGACGAUGCAAACAGAACUGAGUUUUGGGUGAAGGGUGACCCACAGCGCAGUUCGGACUGUUCAUGA